UCCUUUUACUUUGACCGGGAUGAUGUUGCCCUGCGUCACUUUGCUGAGUUCUUCAAGGAGCAGUCCCAUGAGGAAUGGAAACACGCUGAGAAACUGAUGGCAUUCCAGAAUAAACGUGGAGGCCGGGUCCUCCUGCAGGACAUCAAGAAGCCAGAGCAGGAUGAGUGGGGCAGUGGUCUGGAGGCAAUGCAGAGAGCUCUGCAGAUGGAGAAGGAUGUGAACCAGAGUCUGCUGGAUCUGCACAAACUUGCCUCUGGCAACACGGACCCUCACCUGAGUGACUUCCUGGAGAGGCACUACUUGGAUGAGCAAUUGAAGAUGAUCAAGAAGCUGGGAGAUCACAUCACCAGCCUGAAGAGACUGGGAGCCCCUGAGAAUGGCAUGGGAGAGUACCUGUUUGACAGGCUCACCCUGGGGGAAGAGUGA